GGAAGGUGUUUUGUCAACCUCCUUCAUAAAGUGAUUUUAACAAGUCCAAAUUCAAACCUAUAGACUCUCUCUUCUCAAUUAUAUAAUACUCAAAUCAUCAAUAUUUAUAGAGAGACAGAAUCCAAUUGUUGAAACAAAGAGUAGUAGUCUCCUCUCUAUCCUCCAGCAAAACUAAUUCUUUGUUCUUCUCCCAUCUUGUUCGCUCUUCUUCCAUGUCUGAUCAUCAUCAUGAACCUAAAGACCUUUACUACCAUGACCUAUUUCAGUAUGAUCACGGACAACUUAAUGGUGGAAUGAUCAUGAACAACCCAAAAGUUUCUGGUUCAUCAUCCCCAGCUUACAAUAAUCUAUUACAGGGGUUUGAUGUUCCUUCAUACAUGAACACCAGCUUCACAGAGUACAACUCACUUGCAACGGCUUUCGGCUUAUCGUCUUCACCCUCCGAUCACGAAGUAUUUUCCUCCAUUGAUGAAGGCAGCCAUCAAAAGCCUGUUGAUAAUCUCGGAUACUUAGGUGGUGGUGGAGGUCAUGUUAGUAGCGAUGGUGAAGUUCAUGUGACACCAAACUCUUCGGUUUCAUCGUCUUCAGCUGAGGCCGGCGCCGAAGAGGACUCCGGUAACAAGAGCAAGAAAGAUAGGCAGCAGCCACAGCCAAAAGGGUCUUCUGAAGAAGGAGGAGAUGUUCAUAGCCCCAAGAAAUCGAGCAAGAUAGUGAAGAAGAAAGGAGAGAAAAAGCAAAGAGAGCCUCGAUUUGCCUUCAUGACCAAGAGUGAGGUUGAUCAUCUAGAAGACGGAUACAGAUGGAGAAAAUACGGUCAGAAAGCUGUCAAAAACAGCCCCUACCCAAGAAGCUACUACCGGUGCACGACGCAGAAAUGUGGGGUGAAGAAGAGGGUAGAAAGGUCAUUUGAGGACCCGUCGACGGUGAUCACCACCUACGAGGGGCAGCACAACCAUCCGAUCCCGGCUACUCUCCGAGGAAGCAUCAACAUCAAUGCAGCUCACCACCACCAUGCAUUGUUCUCACCUUCGUCUAUGUACGCGUCUGCUGCGCCGACGACGUCGUCUUCGGGUCCUAGCUUUCCUCAGGAGUAUUUGUUUCAGAUGGCGACGCCUCAGAUGAUGAUGAGAAACGACGGAGGAGGCGCCGGCCCCGGCGGGAUUUAUUCCUCGAGAAAUGUUGACUUUCCUCAGCAGUAUCAUCAGUUACCUGCAGAUCAAUAUGGGCUUUUGCAGGAUGUGGUUCCCUCUAUGUUUUUCAAACACGAGCCAUGACCUAGCUAGCUAGCUACCUCUCUCCAUCAUUGUAGAUAUGAUAAUUACUAGCUCCAUGAUCCUUGAUUGACUUAAUUAUUAGAAUAUAGAUAUAUUAUUAAUCUAUCUUCA